CAGUGGAUAGGUAAAAUCAGUCACAUCCAUCACCUUCAACUAUGUGGCCGAUGAGUCUGGCACGGCUGCUUCUCUUUCUCAUUUGGAUCAUCCGUAUACACGCGUUGGACGAAGAUGGGAUUGGAAAUUGUGUCAAUGUAUCAUCGAGCUGCCGAUGGUUUUGCGACGAGAAGCUACAAUUGCUCAACAGAUCGUCGGGCGGUGCGCUGGAAACCGAUUAUCUCACCUCACUGCGCUAUAAACCGUUGCAGGACAAGUACAACAAGCGGCACACAAUAUUCGUCAUCCCGGGAGUGGAACCGCACUGUAUCGAGCUUUCGGUGCGCUGUGGAAUUAACAGCUAUCGCUAUUUCAAUGCAAGUACUCCGCCAUCGAAACGCGUAAAGUACCAUCAAACAGUUCAGCUAAGGUUUCGCUGCGAUCACGUGGUCGUACAGUACGUGAUGUAUUACGUAUCGCCGAAAGAUUGCUAUACGGUGGCGUUGGAUCAGAUGCGCCACCGAUCGAGAGGGCCGCUUAUGCGUACCUGUACCGUCGGUGAAACACGCCACUACCGGUUGUUGGGUGACGGACGCCACUAUCUACUACUGCUGUACUGCUUCAAACACGUGCUCGGGCGCAUGCUGGGAGAGUAUGCGUACUGGUUGUUCGUCAACAAGCGCAACACAGUGCAACAAAACUUUCAGAUUAUGCAGCAGCUUUCUCUCCCCAACGAAGUCAUCCAUGGUUCCGGCAAGACCGGCGCUAAACUGCACUGUAGGUGCGAUAUCUAUGAGCGCUACAUUCAGGAGAUCAAAAGCUGCCACCGACCAUUUCUGCUACCGACGCUCGAGCAGGAGGCACCGAAGCCGAACAGUACCGUGCCGGAAAUUGCGGUCAAGUUACGGCCUCCCUCGAGCGGAAAGGAAAACGAAGAGCUACGCUGGCUACUGACCAAAUGUGGGCUAGUUUCGUUGACGUUUGGGGUGAUAUCGUUUGUGAUGCACAUGCAGCUCAAACAGCGCAUCGAAGAGCAGCUGAGCGAGGGCAGUGAUACUGGGAAGCCAGACAUGAUCAAGAUUAAGUUUAUCAAGGUGCAGGAAAGUGUCGAAUCGAAUUCGUCUGGAGAUACAAUGUGACUGGAGUUUGAUUCGAUGGAAUUUAUGAAUGUGGACAUCACUCCAAGGAUACGCUCGCUGAUGUCGCCUAUCGUAGUGUAAGCUUGUCGCAUAAUCAAACAUCGGGCAAGCAGCUGCUUGCGCGAAGCACCAGGAUGCUGGAACAAGGUACACUCACCACCGUCAACGAAUCCACGCCCGCCGACACGCUGGACGAUAGGGAGGUGUACGGCAGUGUGGUGUACGGGGAAGAGUCCUUCACCUCGCUACCGUCGGCACCAUCCUCCCUGCCGCACCAGCCGGACCAGAUGCCCUUGAGCGAGUUCGAACUGCUCGAAGCGCUGCUCAACUCGUCCGCGGGCGGACCGAUGGGCAGCUUCUGGAACGCGUCCGCCACCGAAACGCCCUACACACCGUACGAGCUGCGGCCCGAGACGUACAUCGUGCCGAUACUGUUCGCUGCCAUCUUUAUCAUCGGCGUGCUCGGCAAUGGGACACUUAUAAUCGUGUUCCUCAGGCACCGGGCAAUGCGCAACGUUCCCAACACCUACAUCCUAUCGCUGGCCUUAGCCGACCUGUUGCUGAUCGUAACGACCGUGCCGUUUACGUCCAUCAUCUACACGCUCGAUUCGUGGCCGUGGGGCAGCCUGCUCUGCACGUCGUCCGAGUUCAUCAAGGACGUGUCGAUCGGCGUGUCCGUGUUCACGCUCGUUGCCCUGUCGGGCGAUCGGUUUUUUGCCAUCGUCGAUCCGCUCCGGAAGUUUCACGCACACGUAGAUCCUUUUCUAGGUGGGGGACGGCGUGCGACACGGAUGACCAUCACGACGGCGGUAUUAAUUUGGCUGCUGGCCAUCGCGUUCGCCGUACCGGCCAUCGUUGGAUCACACAUCAAGACCGUCGUCGUCAACAAGGACGUGUCGUUUUACUUCUGCUACCCAUUUCCGGACGAGUGGGGCUCCCAGUACGCCCGGGGGAUGGUGCUGGGCAAGUUUCUCGUCUACUACGCCGUGCCGCUGUUCAUAAUUGGCAUCUUCUACGCACUGAUAGCGCGGCAUCUCAUCCACAGCGCCAAACACGUACCGGGCGAGAUGCAGGGCACCGUGCGACAGAUCAAAGCCCGCCGGAAAGUGGCCAUCACCGUGCUAGCGUUUGUGGUCAUAUUCGGUAUCUGCUUCCUGCCUUCGCAUCUGUUUAUGCUGUGGUUCUAUUACAAUCCAAAUUUCAACGAAGAUUACAACGGGUUCUGGCACGUGCUGCGAAUAGUGGGCUUCUGCCUUUCGUUCGCCAACAGCUGCGCCAAUCCUGUGGCUCUGUACUGUGUGAGUGGUGCCUUCCGGAAACAUUUCAAUCGGUAUCUUCUGUGCGAUGGUAGCUCCAACAGUCGGCGACGGCACGGAGACAAUCUGGCACCGAGAGACACGUCCCUCACCAGCACCAUGUCCCGCCGUUACACCAGCAAACGGAUGCAAUCGCUACGAAUAAACAUCCAGGAGACGACGAUCGUGAUGAUACCGAACGGCAACUCCAAAUCCGACGGUGCCGUGCUCGAGAAGGAAAUGGUCUGUUUGUCGUAACAGCGAAAGCACCAUCUAGCGGGCACCGGAAACCGACCGAAGGGUGUCCCAAGGCUAGCAACGACCCACGAGCUGCCGUCGGACGAGUACACCGAGGGUGGCAAUGGCUGUGCCGGGAACGGGACCGGCAACGCUGACCAAGAUUUGUGGCCCACCAAAAGGGCGACAACCUGCGACCGGAAGGUGCCGACCGUCGGGUUUCGGUUGCCCCCGGGCCGUUCCGCCGUACGACCACGGCAGACGUGCGAAAUGAGCAAGGUUUGAUUUACGACACCUCGGUCGACAGGGCAGCUCGGUGUGUGUGUAUGUGUAGGUUGGGCUUAGGUGGGCAUGUAUGUAUGUGUGUAUGUGUGUGAGUGUGUGUGUAAAUAUGUAAGCAAGACUGUCCAUCUUCAAAAUCGGAAGAUAAUUGUUAAGUGUUUCGGGGAAGCUUUGCGGCUGAGUAAUUGGGAAGCAUACAUGACUGGCAGCCAUAUUGGGUGUGGGUAAAAAUGUUUGCGCACUAUUUUGGACAGUAAGGUAAGGCAAACGUAAACAAUGAAAUGAUGCGAAUGCGUCACGUUUUUAUAAUGUUUGUACUACUAACCCAGAUGCUAUAGGCAGUUAGUUUUAGCUUUACUCUAUCAGAGCUUUUAUUGCGCCUAAAGUUAUGCAAUCGGCAUGACCAGAUUGCGCUGUUUAGAAUGAACACACAAACUCUUCCGGUAUUGCAAAACUUUACUAAUUCUUCCUUAUGGUGCAUGGUCGUCCAGAACCGGUCUGUAGCCAGGCACGUAACGGACAACCCAAAUCUACACACUACCAACAGAAUGCUGCCAAUGUUUAUGCAGCCGGCAUAAUUUCACAUUCGGCAUCGUCUUGCAUUCGUGAUACAUUCGAUAAAUUUCCGGAAGAGCCAACAUUUCACAGGAAGCCAUCUGGCCCCAGCCCACUUUGCUACCGUAAGAGUAAUUUGUGGCUUAUCAUGUCAGGAAUUUGUCUUCGACGGUCUCAGAAUCUCGCCUUCGGUCGGUAGCAAUUUCGAUUCAAUUACCUCCACAGUGGAUGCAAAUAUUCGAGCUGUAACCGUAUCGCAUUAAUAUUCCACACGCACGCACGCCUCCCCGCCAUUCGGUUUGCAAUUGUUUGCAAAUGUCAAAGGUUUGCUUGAUUCAAGCGAAUUGCAUCGGUUGGCAGAACCAAAACAGAUUCAUUUUGUUGCAGGUUAGCAUGCGCUUGUUUUUAUUUUUAUUUAUCUACAAUCAAGAAAUAAAAACAUUCUUCCCAUAAAAUAACACACAAAGUCACAAAAAAAGGGAGUAAAAUUUUGCCUUUUUUUGUCCCACAAUCCCUAACCACAAAAGAGAAAUCAUUGCCACGGCUAAAUGAUUUUGCCUUCCAAGAUCAAGCAACUGGAAAUGCUUUUUGCUUUUCCAUUUCACUCCAACGUUAAAGGGCAUCAAAGCAGGCCGGGAAGACGCCCUUCCCAGAAGGCCCUCGGCUCGGCUUCCUAUUCUCCUGUAUGUCUGGUGUCACUUUACGUCAUAAAAUGCCGUUCAAAGUUGAAGUCUAUGAUUGAAUUCGGUGCGUUUAAGUGCUGUGUUGCUAAUAUAUGCGGGUUAAGGAUGGGUUAUAUAGGGUGCUUCUUGGAGCAGCAUUGACAGGAAAGAACAGGUCAGGCAAAAUGUGUUUACCCACUGUCCAAUGCCAGUUGUUAGGUAGCAAUUGUUCGUUGAACUUUUGCCGAAGCAGCUAAGUGGACAUCCGUUGUUGGAGAGGUUGUUAAGAUUAAAUCACAGGAAAAAAGGUUCCACCGAAAACGACUUCACAAACCCCAAACCGCUUCAAACAAGUUCAAGUGCAGCGAGAUUGCAAACACUCGAAACAUUCUAAUUACAAGAUAAUUUCCUCCCGCACGGUGCUGUCUUAUUGUUUCUGAGAUAAACGCGCGGUGAAGGCACACUGAAAGAGACCAGACAAAAUCCGGCUCCAGUAGAAGCAAAACAACAAAAACAGGGGCAAUCCUCGUCCAGGAGCAGUCUUACGCUUAUCGCUCUAAUUGUCCCACUGGAAAUAAAUGUGUCAAAAGAAGCAAACUGUCCUGGCAACUGGCGAGUAAGAACAACUGGCGAAAGGUUAAACACAGUCACCACAAAUUAACUGUGGAACUGUGAGCGGUUGUGCUUUUUCGUGCAAUGUGCCACAGAAAUACUAGAAAACACGGUCCCGAUAAAGUGCCACCGUCGGACGGAGCUUUAUCGCGACGGACGGACGCUCGAGCUUAAGAUUAGUCAAACAAUUAGGGCAACAAUGGCAUUGCGAGAUGCCCGUUAGGUGUGCGACUUUUUUGCGGUAAGCAAAAGAGGGAUAGGAGAGAUGAAACCCAUUUUUACUUCGCUUCAGAGAGAUGUCAAGUACAUCGCGUCUUAAUUCUAAGGUACGUUGUCUUAUCAAGCUUUCUUGCGUUAGGGUUUUUUUCUUGUUCUUGUGGACUUAAAGAUG